UCUGUGGUCUCGGGAAGAACGGAUUAGUCCCAACGCAACCGGGAGAUUUUCUAACUAUAUAAACCGCGCUCGGGUUCUGAGUAGAAGCAUAAGCAGUCCAAGUGUUCUAACAAACAAACCUCAACAAACCACCAACCUCAUCUCACAAAAUGAAGUUCGUCAUUGCCGCCGUUGUCCUUGCCCUGGCCGUCGCCUCGGAAGCUAGCUGGCCCUAUGGACCAUACGGAGCCACCGUUGUGCAGGCCAAUGCCGGUGCCUGGCCAGCUGCCCACUGGGGUGGAGCUUGGCCUGCUGCCGCCCACUGGGGUGGUGCUGCUGCCUGGCCAGCUGCUCACUGGGCUGGUGCUCACUGGGGUGGUGCCUGGGGACCAUACGCUGCCGGACACUGGGGUGCUCCAGCUGCCUCGGUUGCCCACCACGCCGGAGUUGUUCCCGGAGCCGUUUCCGUGAAUGCCAACCGUGGAUCGGUCCAUGUUGCCCCUCUGCCAGGACACGCCGUCUCCCAGAAGCAGCUCAACUUGGCCCCAGCCCCAGGAACCAUCUAAGCUGGCCCGGAUCUCGGAUUCAUCCUACCAAAAACCAAAUUGUUUCUUCUUAUCACAACAGGAAAAGUUCGCUCAAAAAACUGACCGCCGAAGACAAAACAAACUGCCAUGAUGAACGAUAAUGUGUGUAGCAGAGAUCAAGAGUCAAAGAUCUGUUUUAUCUUUUCUUUUUUUAGCUAAGCUGUGAAUAACUAGAGUAAUUAUUUACCUGCUGUAAAUAAAUUUCAACUCUCAAAAACUUGUAAA